AGUGGACUAAACAGCAGACAGCAAUGAGCCCAAAUUACACUCAUUUUCAUUUUUAUUACAAUGAUAGUUUAUGAAAUGUUUCCUGAUUUAAUCAAGAAUCCUUUAUUGUCAUUAUGUGAGAUCAUAGUGAAAUUCUGGGCGGUAGCUCCAGACUUAAAUAGUGCAAUAUGAAAACAAUAGAGUAAGUAUUUAAAUAAAAAAUAAAAUAAAAACAGAGCUGUACAGAUAUAUACAUAUAAGUAAGUCAACUGUAAACCUUGCAAACAUACAGUGUAACUUUAGAUUUUACAUUCAACACAACAGAAAAUUGGGCAGAGACAAAAAAAAUGCUCAAAACAACAACUUGUUCUUCUUCUUUGCACUAAAACAAACGGGAAAUAUCUGGAGUUGUCGUCACAGGUCAUUAUUCUGUUGUGUUACUGGUCCAGUCCCCUUUAGAUGAAUCAGAUUGGGCCCCUGAUCUAAAAUGAGUUUGAGCCCCUGACGCUGCGUUAAAGGAAACAGAUCAGCCUGGUCGUUCUUCGCCCGUGUGGCCGACAGGUGGCAGUGUUGCACCGCCUCGCCGCAGAGCCGCUCUCCUCCGGUGUAGCUCGGUAUUUACCGUGAAGUCGGUCCAGACCUCAGAGUCUGAGUCUGAUUCUCCGCAGAGGAGCUUCACUCGGCGUUGUCCGACGUGGAGGCAGCAAGAGGAAACAUCCAGCAGCCCUGGGAUUAUUUCACCCUAGAGAUUCAUCAUUUUAUUUUAUUUAUUUUAUUUUAUUUUUUUUUAGAACACGGAUCAGUCCGUCCUUAAUAAGCAAAAACAACUGAGCGGCUGCGGCAACUUGGCUCGGGAGGUCAUUUUUGUCUUUACGCGCAAUCAGGAGCGUCCAAGUUGAGGUGGCAGGGAUGCUGCUGGAGCCGCACCACAUGAUGUCCGGAUUAUUUACUUGAUCGACCUUGGGUUCUUUCCCCCAGUCGCUGGAACAUAUGUUUCCUUUUUUUUCUCUUGCUGGGAUGGAGACAAAUGCUUUGCCUCUCUCUGUUAAAAGUAUGUACUGGAUCACACCGCAUCCUGUUGACGUUUUGGUCUCAUGUUUGCAGAGUUGAGGAAGGGAUGAGGAGCGUGACUCUUCGUUUCCACAAAGGAUGGACGAGGUCCUAGCCGCUUGCCCCCGAGCGCCGUCCAGAAAUCACCUGUGCAAGACCCUCUGAUCGCCCCCACGUCACGCCAGCACAGCACGCCGACAUGGACGAGGGUGGGAUGUUGUGACCGCGCAUCUCCAGAGUCGAGAUAAAAAAAAAAAAAAAAGGUUGAGGCGUGAGUCCGUCUAACCAAAGACCACCCCAAAGAGAAUCAAUGCUACAUCCUCCAGAGCAUGGGUUGUGUCAAAUCCAAGAGGAGCGACUCCGCCGUCCAGAAUGCGAACUCCACGGAGAAGGUGGAGGGCAGAGGAGGCCGAGGGGCGACGCGGGGCGAGAAGGCCUAUCUGGUUCACUCGGAGGUGGACUCGGUGGAGAACUCCCCUCAGGUGGACCCGGUGCUGCUGGAGUACGCUCAGAAGCUCUCGGAGGAGAUCGUGAGCCGGGCCGUGCAGCAGUGGGUGGAGGUCGACCGGCGCUACAGCGACAUCCCCUUCAUAGAAUGUGAUGUGCCGUGACAUGAGGGGGGGCGGGGGGGGGGAGAGACGCGUCGCAUGCUCACACAGUCCUGACCUUGAAACCUAAUGUGAAACGAGGCCGUCGUCGUUUAGGAGGAAUCGCUCGAGCCUCUGCGAGCGGGAGCAUGAAUGAGCUGUCACCAGUUGGAGUGACCUACAUUUGGAUUGGAUUAUACUUGGACUGAGCCUAAAAAACCCUCCUCCAAAGUCACCAAAGCACUCUGAUCCCAUCUCUGUGAUUAUUUGCACCAAAGCUCGGAGCGGUGUGUCUUCAGCUGGAUAUCAUGUUUCUCCGUCCUUAUUUGUCCUCUCUCAGUAGGUGCUGGACUCUAAAUGCAAAGCGAGAAAUCCUAUCAGAUAUUGCCUGGAAUCAUGAUGUUCUUCCUUGCCAGUGAAAGUCUAUCCCGUCCACUGAUGUUGUCCCAGGGCCAAGAUUCUCUCCCCUUACAGGGGGGAGUUAUUAAUAGAUCCCUUCUUUUUGGUGAGGGCGCUCACUUGAAAACCUUUACUGGUAAUCGCCAGGUCAGAAACACACCCAGCUGUCUGCUGACUCCUUCCGGUCUGACAGAAGCCUCCUAAUGGCCUCCCCGGAGCUUCUCCGGCACAGCCACAAGGAGCGUCGUCCUCCGCUCUGCCAUUAGAGCAGCCUCAACCGCAGGCCUCCAUCCACCGGGCAAGGCCCUCGAAACGGGUUCAGGAAAUGAUGUGUGCAAAUGCUGCAUUUCCUGCCUUCCAGGAGACUCUCCGUGGAAAAGUCGCCGUUUGGGAACUCUGACAGCACUUUGGGGAUCAAUGGGGGCCCGACCACGAGGAAACCGGGACGUGAGACAGGAUUUACUUACAAGUAUUUGGUGCAUCAACACAACCAAAAAAAGAAAAAAGAAAAA